UGUUUAUCUAUUACAUUCCUUAAAGUAGCCACCCUUUGUCUGUCUCUCAAUGAACGUCUGGGAAGUUCUUUCAAGACUUUUUGGAAAACCAUUUCAGGUGAUCACCUCAUGAAGCUCAUGGAGAAAACGCCAAGAGAGGAAAACAGCCAUCAAAACAGAGGGUUGCUAUUUUGAAUAACCUAAAAUAUAAAAAUGUUGGUUCACACUUUUUGUUUACUACAUAAUUCCAUGUGUGUUAAUUCAUAGUUUUGGUGUUUUGGUGAGAAUUUACAUUGUAAAUAGUUACAAAAAUAAAGAGAACCAUUAAGGGAGAAAGUGUAUUUAAAACUUUUGACCGGUAUGUGGGAACAUCGUUAAUAAAGCUGCUCUAGAAAUGCAUAAACAGUUUAAAAGCACUUCCUGGCUUUUUUAGGUAUUCUGUAAGGCACUGUUGCAGCAUGUGACAGGGUCAUGUGUCCCGACUCUCACCUAGUGUGUUUGUUCUGCUUCCCUCUGGUGUUCUUUGUGUGCACAAAUUGUUGUACUUAAGGUGCAGUAAAAUCUCUUAACUCUUAGCUUUUACACAGACCUUGGCUAAAUUACCUGACAACCAGUAAUACACAGCUUAUUUAAAAUAUCUAAUAGGAGAACAGCCAGUUUACCGAAUAUUAGUUCAUUCUUAAUGGUUAAGCACUUAAAGGAGAGCUUUUCCAUGCUAUGUUAGACCCUAAAGCCAAAAUUAAAACUCCUAAUAGAGAUUGAUUUUGUUUAAUUUGUUGUGCGCAACUUUCUAUUUUAUUUUAUUUAGGAAGGGAAGUUUUGAGAUUGAUAUGUUUCAGCAUUGUCUAGAUUACAUUUUUUAGAAACGUCCUGACAGGCAAGGUCUUUACGACGAGAAAAGAUUCUUCUCUGUAAAGAGAAAUGGAUAACAUUUAACAAAUUAGAUGAUGCAAAACCUAAAAACUGGAUAAUGAAGCUUGCGUUACACAGCAGGGAAACUGUGUAAAAAAAAAAAAAAAAGGAAGGAGAGAUUAAAUCUGUGUCUAAUUCCACUUUUAGGAAUGUGAAAUCCAGGAAAUUUAAGUAACAGUCAUAAUAUCAUGAAUGGUAACACAUAUUGCUAUUUAAACUAUAUUAGACUAUCAUUUCCACUUCUUAUAUAUAUAUUUUUUAUCUCAUCUCUGUUUGGAACAUCGUUAAUAAAGCUGCACUAGAAAUACACAGCUUAUUUAAAAAAAAAUAUCUUAUUAAACAAAUUGCGGCAGCAAUUUGGUUUUACUGGUGCAAUUUUAGACAGCAUUUAGAUAGGUCAAAUCACUUAUAAAAUAUUUAAGAAUAUCAACUCUAAUUCUAACUCAUCCAACCACUCCAGCCACCCACUUAGAAGGAAACGUUUCCUGUAAGAGGCGGAGUCCAUUUUUAAUGGGGAAGCUUACUGAAGGAGGAGCAGGAAUAACUGUGUGCACUGUGAUUGGAGGAAUCUGGCGGAGUAGGAUGGCUGUUUCACUGAAACUUCAUUUGAUCACAGCUCAUAACUUUUUUUUCUUUUAAUAUUUAGACUCUCAUGUAACUGGUGACAUUUCCAUUUGCACCUCCUUCCUGUACACCUGAAGCUUAGACCUGCAGUAUGCAGCAACCGGCAAGGCAGAGGCUGAGACCAUGGCUGGAGGAGCAGAUUCAGUCUGGGAAAUAUCCAGGUGUCAGCUGGCUGGACCAGUCAGCACGCAUCUUCCAGAUUCCAUGGAAGCACGCUGCCCGCCACGGUUGGAGCAUUGACCGGGAUGCUACCCUCUUCAGGAGUUGGGCCAUGCACACAGGAAGGUACCGUCCAGGCAGAGACAAGCCGGAUCCCAAGACGUGGAAAGCAAACUUUCGGUGUGCCUUGAAUUCCCUGCCAGACAUCUGUGAGCUGCGGGAGCACAGCAGGAAAAGAGGCAGCAAUGCCUACAGAGUCUACAGGAUGCUGCCCAGCUCUCAAACACGCAGGCGGAGAAGAGGACUGUUAAGCAGACCUCAAGAGAGAGUUUUAGGAGGCUCAAGAAAUGAUGACACAUACACCUCACAGCAAACCUGGCAGCCUACAACACUACCUGUUACAGAUACACCACAUAAGGUGGAGACAAGCCCGCAACAUGGCUUUAACAGCCCUGAAGCACAACGGAUGUGGGAGUCCAAACCCGAACAGCAGGAACCAAGUGAGGCUGUCUAUAAGCUGAUGGACCAUUUAAGCAGCCCUGACAUCUGGAACCAGACGUGGGAGCAAAGAGGAUGGAGGACGCACUCUCUGUGGGACCUACCCCAAUGUGCUGGUGAGGAGAACCCAUAUCCCCUACAGACAGAGAACUGCAGUGAUAUGUUUGGCCCAAACUACAUCAAAGACCUCACAGACUGGUCCACACACCAGCAAACGCUGAUGUUGUAGCUGUAUGCAUUCUCUUUUCAUAUUGUAUUCAUCAUUUAAUUGUUGAAAUGAUGAUUUCCCUUACAUACAUCCACAUAUUCUCUUGUUUCUGCUAAGCCAACUACUGAACAACAGCAGCCAGAUAAACCCGGGGCGAUAGAUAAUAUUGGUCUGUCAAUCAGCUUCUGUGCUGGGAACGCUGGAAUAAGCGGAUCUGGUUCCAAGCCAAGCCUUAAUGCUGCUAUCGUCAUUUGUGUUCACUGUGGUUCAAUGACUCAAACUCAUGAAAAUGAUACCAAGCGUGCAGCGUAGGUUUCAGAGUAAACAGAUCAGAUUUUAUCCAAACACAGGAGUUGGUAUUGAUCUCUUCUCUAUUUCUGACUUUUGCUAAUAAGCAAUUAAGUCAGAGCAGGAAAAUAAGGCAAGAAAUAUAAUAGUGUGUAGCUUUGUGUUUUUAUGUGCAAUUCAUAAUUUGCUCUGAAUAUUUUUAUUAAAAAUGUUGAGUUAAGUUACAUUUUAUUAUACACUGUGCAAAAAUAAGUGUGAUUCUAUGUCUUUGUGCCUUUUUUGUUUUUUAUUAAUGUUUUUUAAGAAGCAAUUGUCAGAUUUUGUUUUUAUUUCUGUUAAUUUCAAUACCAGUUUUUUUGUUCUUAGUAAUGUGAAAAGUGCAUA